AUCACAUUCCCAUUCAUCACGCGGAUUAUCCACUAUUCAUCCCUUGUCACCUUACCCAUCUCCUCACUCCACCAUCAAUAGUAGCAAACGAGAUGGUACCCGCUCCCCCCGCCCCGCCCCGGGCCAACACCGGCUGACCGAUCGCUGACAGAAUGUCCGCACUAGCUACCCUUAUCCCUCCUGAAUACAGCCCAAGGCCACCCAAUGCUCGUGGAGCUGAAAAACGGCGAAACCCUCAACGGGCACCUGGUCAACUGCGACACUUGGAUGAACUUGACUUUGAAGGAGGUUGUGCAGACUAGUCCUGUUUGUUCCCCACUCUUCCCUGAUCUUCCGCAUUCCUACUACAAGUGGGCUGAGGCUAAUUGGGGAUGCACGUGGUUGUAGGAGGGUGACAAGUUUUUCAGGCUGGCGGAGUGUUAUGUUCGGGGGAAUAACGUGCGUUGAUCUGGAAUGGCGGAGGAAUGGUUGGUUUGUUCGUUGGGGACUAAUGUUGUGGAUCAUAGAUCAAAUACCUCAGAGUCCCCGACGAAAUUAUCGACCUCGUGAAGGAGACGCAGACACAGCAGAACAGAGAUGGUCAUGGCGGGCGUGGGGGGAAUGAUCGUGGGAGGGGAGGUUACCGAGGGGAUCACCGCGGAGGGAAUAGAGGUGGUAGAGGCAGAGGGAGAGGUCGGGGUGGUGGAGGCGGAGCUUCCAACCAGUGAUGGGCGGAGAACUUGAGGUGGGAGAAGGGGGGGAAGGGGAAGGGGAGAUUCUUUGGUCUUUGCUCGGUGAUUAUUUUUCACCGGCCUUUGUAAUAGGUCUGAUUGGGGAAAUGCUAUAUCCGGUGGUUGCUAGAACCCAGGGUGCGAUGCAUAGGUAGCUUUACGCCUUGGUGAAAUCUACAGGGUUCCAUGGAUGUUGGGUGUGCUACGAGAGUGGACUCGUAUAGUGUGUUUCUAGCAAGCAAUAAUCAUUAAUUGUAAAAGAGAGGAAAGAAGGAAAUUCACGUGUGUGA